AUGAAAACCUUUACCGGCUAUGAGCUAUCCCAGGACAAGCCUCUUUCUUACCAGAUGAUUGCACAAUGGAUCAGAAGGGUUGGCGAAAUAUUGGGGUUGGAAUACCCCACCAUCCCCUACAACUUGCGUUAUAAUGCGGCCAAUGAGUUCGAUCGAAGUGCUUCAGCCGAUAUCAGCGAGUCGCUGCGAAAUCUUGCUCUAGAUCACGCCAAUUCGAAUCCCUUUCAGAAGCACUACCUGGGACGGGAGAGCAAGACCUUCGGCAUCAUCGCCCAGGUUCAAAGAAGCACAUGGAACUCCGCCGUCGACUGA